AUGACUGGCACCAAACAGAUCCGCAGCGCGCGGGGCGAGGUUCUCCCGCAGGAAGUAGCUGCAAAACUCAACACAAUCCCCUGGUACAACCUCUUCACAUCAUUACCGGACCGGCCUUUACCGCCCAGCUCACAGAGGGCACACAUCAAGACGGCCAGGCUAGUCCUCAGGCCGCUGGAUCUGUCUGAUCUCGAGGCAUUCCAUUCCCUGCGCACACAACCAGAAGUCAUGGCCAAGACAUUUCGACCUCGCGUCGACCGUGACAUGGACGAGACACGGACACUCCUGCAGAGCCUGCAGCCCCCCAAUGACGGCAACAGCUGGCGCUUCGGUGUUUUCCUGGCUUCGACAGGAGAGCUGAUUGGUGACGGCGGCGUCUACAACUUCGACGAUCUGUGGCGGACGGGCUGGCCAGAGCUUGAGUUCAUGCUCCGCAAGGAGCAUUGGGGCCAGGGCUACGGCAAGGAGCUCAUCCCAGCCCUUAUGGAGGCAUGGUUCAACCUGCCCCGCUCUGGGGUACGGAAACACACCCUUCACCCAAACGCCAUUGGCGAACUGGAGCCUGGUGAUGAGCUGCCGGACAACCUCGCCAUUAUCUUCGAUGCUAGCAUUGAUGCCGCACGUAAGAUUGUCGACGGUUUGACCGACCCCAAGCCGGACUAUAUCGCAGAUUGGGAGCAGAUCGAUUGGCGGGAGGGCAAAGAGUUCAUGGAAAUCACCCUCGCUGGGUGGCUUGUGGCGAAUCCACACGGCCUGGAUCCGUACAGGACAGAGACUGGAUAUCUGAGCGACCGCACAGAUGUGGAAGACAAUGAGAAGGAAUGA